UCAUUCUGCAUGCAUACACAGAGCCCCACUCAGUUGUACACUUUAGUCACAGAUGAAAUGUCCCUUAUUGGUGUUCUUAAUAUUGUUGCAUAAGCCCGUUCUCUUACUGUUUACUAUUAAAAUGAUGAUAACAGCCGAGCUAUCUACACCGUAGCCUAGCUAUGUUUUCGCAGCUGUGCUCUGUAAGUGCAACUCAAAGAGACCCGAACGUGGUCCAAUAGAAAAAAGGCUUUCCCUUCCCCGGAGCCAAUAGGAUUGGAGUAUACGGGGCAACCAGGAAGUAGAGAGUUUCGGGAGCUUGUACAAGCUGUUGGCGGGGUGAGCGGUAUGGUUUAGUGGAAGAAGGCAAGAGACUGCGGCCGUGUGUGACUGUGGCCGUGUGUGACUGUAUGCGUUUUGUAAAUGCUACGUUGUAGAUGUUUUGAGGUGGAAUGGCUCCAGUACGACAAAGAAACGCGAAGGGUGCGAAUGCAGCCGAGAUAGAGAAGAAAAUUAAAAGAGGUAAUGCGCUGAGGCAGGGGUCGUCAUGGCGGGGGUCCCGUUUGCUUGUGGCCUUGCUGCUGGUCGCGUUGUCUGCAUGUGGGACGGCAACGUGGCUGUACGUGACCUCUUUGGAUAGUGACAUCACAGAAACUCUGGUCAGCCAAGGGGAGCUGGUCUCACCUCAGCCCAGAGUCUACAGCGUCCAGUGCUCUGAAGACUAUGACAACUACAAACGCUACCCAGGAUGCACCCCUCAGAAGUGUGGCCGUGCAGUCACAGACGGCGUGGUGACGAGGGAGGAGGCUCAGACACUCAGGAGGUUGGCUGAGAGGGGGCUGGCUCUGGCUGGGUCAGAGGGAGGAGCCUCCAUACUGGACCUGCACUCUGGAGCCUUGUCGAUGGGAAAACAGUUUGUUAACGUAUACAGGUAUUUUGGGGAACAGCUCAAGGAUGUAUUCACACAAGAGGAUUUCCAGCUUUACAGAGAUGUGCGUGGGCGAAUCCAGGAAGUUAUUGCUCAGACGUUUGGUUUGGACCCAGCUUUGAUGUACCUCACCAAGCCCACCUUCUUCUCCAGGAUCAACAGCACGGCAGCCAAGACCCAACACGACGAGUACUGGCACCCGCACAUUGAUAAGGUGACUUAUGGCUCUUUCGACUACACCUCGCUCCUGUACCUGUCUGACUAUGGCUCUGACUUCACUGGAGGUAGAUUUGUCUUCAUGGACCAGAAUGGCAACCGGACUGUGGAACCACGGGCAGGGAGAGUCUCUUUCUUCUCUUCUGGCUCAGAGAACCUCCACCGCGUGGAGAAGGUAACGUGGGGGACACGCUACGCCAUCACUGUGUCCUUCACCUGUGACCCUGAACACGCCAUCUCUGACCCCGCCCUGCCACGAGGCAUCCACGGAUGAUGGAUGACGGCACUGCCAACUGGUUCCGAUAGGCCCUGCAACAAAGAGGCAGAAUAGGCAGGAAUUAAGAAGAAGGGGAAGGAAAAAGAGCUUUUACAUGGAUUUUUACAUUGGUAUUCUGUAGCUGCUCGGUCAAUAUCUUCAAUUUUCUCCAUUUAUUUUUCAAGUAUUGACUUGCUGAUGGUGCAACAGGAAAAAAGAGCCACAUGUGGUCUCCCUCUGUGCUUUCCUGUUACACACUAUUUUUAUCCUGUUUUCUACAGAAAUGUCUUUUUGUUCUUGCACCAUCUUAUUCGCUGGUUUUAAGGGUUUUUCAGUUCCCCUGCAGGGUUCUGCCAAAGCAGGAUUGUUUUCUGCAUUUCUGUGUUUUUCAUUUUAAGAGAGCUGCUGAUUCACUGAAGAAGAGAUCCGAAACUUGCCAACUGAAUAAUCAACGUUUCAUCACCAAGUCCACCACUCAUUCCCCAUCCUAUGACCCGUGAGGUAUUUUCUUCUAAGAAGAACCGUCUCUCUGUCCUGUUCGUUUGGUUUUUCCUACCUUAUGCUUCUGUGCAGUCUUGAGGACGUUUUGAAAUAAAAUGACAUUAAAAGUUUGCGUGGUUUUGUUAGUCAUA